AUGGCGCCGCCGUUUAACGAUCUGAAAUACUACACUGCCGCAACACCGAACGGCCUGAAACCCGCUAUUCUUCUCGAGGAGCUGGGACUGAAGUAUGAGUCCAAGAUUAUCAAUAUCAGGACCGAUGAACAGAAAGAGCCAUGGUUCCUCGAGAUCAACCCGAACGGACGGAUCCCCGCUCUCAAGGAUGGCGAAAUGAGGGUCUUCGAGUCUGGCGCUAUCAUGCUGUACCUGACCGAUAUGUACGACAAGGGAAAGCAGUUUACGUAUGAGUAUGGCACGGAGAACUAUUAUGAGAUGAUGUCUUGGUUGAUGUUCCAGAUGGGUGGUGUCGGUCCUAUGAUGGGUCAAGCAAACCACUUCCGCGCCAUGGCGCCAGUAUAUUCGGCCUACGGUAUCAAGCGAUACGUCGACGAAACCAAACGGUUGAUUUCGGUUCUGGAAAUCCGACUGUCCAAAGCGGACUGGCUGGCGGGCGACAAGUACACCAUCGCCGACAUUGCCAACUUCUCCUGGAUCAGGACCGCCCCUCUGUUUCUGGACGUCGACAUGGGCGAGUUCCCGGGCGUGGACAAGUGGAUCAAGCGGAUUUCUGAAAGACCGGCCGUGGAGAAGGCGAAAAAGAUCGGCGCCGCUUUCUCUGAGGACCAACUCAAAGAGAUGAUCUCGGGCAUGAAGGCCAAGAUGGACGCGAGGAAGGGCACCCAGGAGGAAGAGGAGUCAUCUAAGAUCUAG